UGACUCAGGCCACCGGUCAUGCCAAACGUCCACCUUUACAGUAACAAAUGUAUUGAGUGAAUUACUUCGAGGUUAACUCCUCCCCGGCCCAAUUAAAGCAUUUAAUACAAGGAACAGGAGACGGCAAAGGAAGCCUGGAAAGCAGCAUCUUCCACAAGCUUCAUCUGCAAACAGCAUGAAGGCGCUUCAGAAAAAGAUCAUCAUCGUUUCUGUUUUUCUGUUCCUUAUAUGUCUCACUCAGGUCAACUCAGGACCUGUUCCUGACAACUGGGACAGUCUGAUCCAGAGGACAAAGCGAUCGCUGCUGUGGCGGUGGAACAGUCUGAAACCUGUUGGAGCCAGCUGCAGAGAUCCUUCAGAGUGUGGCACAAACCACUGCAGGAGAAACAUUUGUUCCUUCUGACACUCCAUCUCCACAACAGACCCACAAACACAACGCUGAAACAAAUGGAGCCACCCAUGUGAAAUUCCUCCUCUGUUAAUAUGGUCAAACUAAAAGAUGUGAAGGAAGUUUCUUUUGAUUGUUUUGUUUUUAUUUUAAAUAGGAGCCUUUAUGUAGGAACCUUUGCCACCAUCAGCCUCAGCACUGGACUGAUUGUGUAAUCCAAAUGUAUGUUUGAUAAGAAAAUACAAACGUUCACCCUCA